AGUUAGUUGGCAUGUCUGUGCCUUAAAAUGUUAAGAACACGAUUUUUAAAGAAAUUAAAUGAAAAUGUUUUGUGUGUUUGGAAAAGAUUACAAAACACAACACCAAAUGAAAAACACAGCUUUCGCCAAAGAGUUUGGCAUGCGGCACGUCAACGCUAUGCCAACUAUGAGCACGUGCACUACAGCUCUUACCUCGAGCACUUUUUCGGGCAACGAAUGAAAUUUGACCAAAGAAAUUCAACGGCUUUUCCACCAUUGGAUGCUUUAAAACCCUUAGAUAGCGAACUGGCAGCACCAAAACCUUCAUCAUAUCCGCCUAACUGGAUGGACGAUUAUGAGUUCUAUAAAGGUGCGAGCGGUGAGGGGGGUAAUAUUGAUUCACAAUAUGGAACUGCCGAUGCAACAGAGCCACCAUCAACGGUGCCGUGCAAUGGAUGUGGAGCACAUUUACACUGUGCCAGUAGCUCCACGCCUGGCUACAUACCCAGCGAAAUUUUUAUAGGUCGCACAAAUACUGAACUACAAACAAUUACCUGCCAGCGUUGCCAUUUUCUUAAGAACUAUAAUAUUGCACUGGAUGUGGAGGUUCCGCCGUCGGCUUAUGUGGAAACCAUUUCGCGAAUACAAGACAAAUAUGCUUUGGCUAUAAUUAUUGUUGAUCUGUUGGAUUUUCCGAGCUCCAUUUGGCCGGGGAUGCAACAGGUGCUUGGUAGCAAGCGACCAGUUUUUCUGGUGGGCAACAAAGUGGAUCUGCUGCCGCGUGACUGCAACAGCUAUUUAACGCAUGUGAAGAGUUGCCUCAAGCAGCAGUUCAUAGAACACGGUGGCUUCAAUGCACUAAACAUUAAAAAUGUAAGUCUUAUAUCGGCCAAGACUGGCUUUGGGAUUGAGGAGCUCAUAACGCAGCUGCACAACAUUUGGGAAUAUAAGGGCGACGUCUAUUUGGUGGGCUGUACCAACGUGGGCAAGAGCUCGCUGUUCAAUAUAUUGUUAAAUUCGGAUUAUUGUCGACCCGAGGCCACGGAGCUUGUGCGGAAGGCAACGACUUGUGCUUGGCCAGGCACAACACUGCAAAUGCUCAGGUUUCCCAUACUACGGCCAUCUGAUUCGCGAGUCUAUACUCGUUUUAAGCGCCUUUUAAUGGAAAGAGAACCGCGAGCGGCACAGGAAAAACUUCGGCGUGAGCAGGCUAAGGAAUCAGGCUCUCAGACAUCGGCUCAACUUAUUGGAACAGUAGGACGCACCUUUGAGAAUCGCGUAGAUGUGGAGGAUGCCUUUGCAAUGUCAAGUGGCACACAACCCAUAACAACACUAAACGAGCGGAAGGCGGAGUAUCGGAAAGCCCGUUGGGUUUACGAUACGCCUGGUGUUAUGCAGCCUGAUCAAUUGACGCCACUGCUAACGACGCAGGAGUUGCUACAGCUACAGCCGACAAAGAUGCUUAAGCCCAGAGCAGUUCGCCUGGCAGCCAAUAUGUCGCUGCUAUUGGGCGGCUUGGCCCGCGUAGAUUUGUUGGAAUGCAAUCGGGACUGGUUAAAACUGUUUGUUUUUACCGCCGAAACACUGCCGUUUCUCAUAGCUGAUACAUCGAAGGCAGAGUUAGUUUAUAAACGAUAUUUGGGUACCUCUGUGUUAGGUGUGCCCAUGUCUGGUGGGGAUGAAACACGUCUGCAACGCUGGCCCGGAUUGCAGUGCAUGGAAAUGGACAUUGUCAUUAAGAAUGGCGCGUCGGACGAUAGUAACGAUGGAAAACAACUUAAUUGUGAUAUAACUCUUAGCUCCGCCGGUUGGCUAGGUCUGCUGAUGCCUGAGAACUCAGAGUGUACCUUGCGUGUUUGGACGCCACAGGCAACCGGUAUUUAUGUAAGGAAACCGGCGUUAAUACCACUGGCCGAUCGUUUGGUGGGCAAACAUAUUCGCCAUUCUCUGGCUUACAAUACAUCAAAGCCAUUUGUCUUUAGAAAAUAGUCAUUUUCAUAUCGGUUU